AGCCAUUCUCGAUAUUUUCAGUCAGUGACUCUUAAUGUUGUAUGGCGUGCAAAUCUUUAGACCUAAGUUACAAGACAGUUUUGUUCAAUUUAUUGUACGUUUGGUUCAGCAGUUUGAUUUUGGUUUUCUCGUACUGAAGUAUGUAGAACUUGACUAAUUCUGGGAAAAUACACAUUGGCGGAAACCUAAUUCAUGUAAGUGUUUCAGGUUAUUUUCAUUUGAACCUUUUAACCGGGCUGGCUCAGUUAAUUGGGCGAGUUUUGUCCUAUAUUCAUAUGAGAAAACCAAGAUGAAAAACGGUUGCGCGGUUGGGGUUUGUGCACGAAAUUCAAGGAAUAAAACCGUGUGAUAAAAAAACUCAUCGUUAAGUUUUCUCGUUCGCGCCUAACAUAGCAUUUUUCAACCUCCGGCUCGUUGUUUAACAGCUGCAAUUAAGUAGCAAACUUCUGAUGUGGAAAAUACAACAGGCAAGGGCUGCCUUCCUACGGAACCCUGUAACUAGGCUGGCGUGUUCAUAUCAGAAACACUUCAAGCCCAGUUAUCACAAUCUCGCUCGCAAGAAACCGGAGAUAUAAAAGAAAUAAUAAAAAUAAAAUAACAAAAUAAUAGCCAGUCGAAUUUCUCGGAAACCAAGCCAGCCCGCUUGGCUGGGCGUCAUAUUAAAAGGCGGUUAAAGAACGUCAUCAGGUGCGGUCAGCAUGGACAUAUUUGCCUGACUAUUUAAUGACAAUCAUUUUAUCGCAAUUUACUGCUGCCUGUCAUGUGUUCAUCCGGCGAUCACCCAAUUGGACAGAUAUCCUUUAAUACAAUUGCAUCCGGCUGUUAUCACACCUAACAACUUUGUAAUAUCUGUCCAACUGGGUGAUCUCCGGAUGAAUACAUAAAGGCUUUUGUUUUUUGUUUUUUGUUUUGUUUUUUGUAUGUGUGCUUUUCAAAAAGGUAACUUUCACGUUAGUCCAUAUCAACUGAAUGAGCAUGAAAUGUUACUCCUUUUAUUUUCGAAACCGUGUAAUAUUGCUGCAUUCAUAAUUUCUGUUGUUUCCAGACCAGUGUUAAAUGCCAAAAUAUAUUAACUUACUUUAUAAAGACUGCACCCGUAAUUCACACCAUAAAUAAGCGUGGUUAUAAACCGAGUAAAACCAUUCACUGCAAAGGAAACCGAUUAUAAGUCCCCUCUAUUUUGAUUAUUUUAUAACAUCUUCAUUUUCCAACUAUACACAACCCCUCCAAAGGAACCGCAGAAUGCAAAAUUUAACUUAAAAUGACAACUGUCAAUUUCAGCUAUAGCAAACAUAGAUUCUUUUUGGUAAAUUUAGUGAAUUUUCCUUAUUGUAUAGGACUUGAAAGCUUUCCCAGCUCGUAUUUGAGUGGCAAAUCAAGAGGUCACUCCAACAUUUUGCCAUUUUUUCCAUACACUGUAUAUACUAGACUUACCACAGGAGUUUCAGGGUAGAACAUGCAGCUAAGCGAGCGACGCGAGAUGCGAGGUUAAAACAAGACGAAGGACUUUUCUGAAAGUUUAUGCAAAUAGACAAAUGAUAUGUGCCCAUAUCAUUUGGCAAGUGGCAACGAUUGAAUUUCGGCUGUCGUCGAACUUUAGCCGUCGUGAUCUGAAGCAAAUCUUAAUUUUCCAACUAUAUAUAACUGUCCCAAAGGAACUGCAGAAUGCAAAAUUUAAAUUAAAAUGACAAGUGUCAAUUUCAGCUAAAGAAAACAGAUUAUUUUUGGUAAAUUUAGUCAAUUUUUUCUUAUUUAUAGGACUUGAAAGCUUCACCAGCUCGUUUUCGAGAUGUAAAUCAAGAAGUCACUCCAACAUUUGGUCAUUCUUUCCAUAUACCGUAUAUGCAUUAUGUGCCCAUAUCAUAUAGCAAGCAGCACGAAAGAUUGAAUUUCGGCUGUCGUCGAACACUAGCCCUCAUGAUCUGAAGCAUAUCCGGUCACCAAAGACAAAUUUACUUUUCAAAAUAAAAUUUCGUUUUCGUCCCUUUUAUAUUUGUAGUUAUCAGCUUGUUAAUUAGCUAAGGACAAGAGCUGUUUUGAUCAUCACAUAUAACAAUUAAACCCAUUCACAACAGCUCCGUUUAUAAUCAUCAAAUCUGUUUCCUGCCUAUACUCUACAAAACCACCUCCAAGAAACCUCGGAUCCUACAAUAGUUCUUAAUUGACAAUUCCUUUUUUUCAGUUUACGCCAGUUGCUAGUGGCCUGACUUAAUUUCAAAAUGAAUGUUUCUUAACUUACUUAUUAAGAUAACAAACGAAAGAGCCACAGGCGAGUGAUCUAGUUAUUUUCACGGUCGGUGAUCACCGAUACCUAAGGCGAGAUUCAUGAUUUUCAUAACUGGGAUUCAAAUUAUUUUCCAAUUCUGAAGCGAAUCACAACUCAAACAAAACGCAAUUUAGCUAUUUAAAAUUUGUUCAUAGUCAGAUGUGGAACCUUUGUCUACACUCUAAAAUCAAACAGAGGCAAAAUUAUCCUACACUAAGCUCUUUUAAUUUAUUUUACAGAGAACGUUUCCUUUACAAACGAUUUCAAAGGAAAACUGGGAAAAAGAUAUGUCCUUAGAACAAUUUACACUCUCCUCGAUGGAAAUAAAUUAAAUCCAAAAAUUAAUUAUUAGGAUUCUCAGGAAAAAAUUAUUCGCAUGGCGAGACUUUUUAAGCUCAUUGUAUACCAUCGUAUGCCUGUCAACUGAGGGAGACAACUCAAUUAAGCCACUUGCAAAAAUACAUUAGUGAAAGUUACCUAUUUAAAAACGCGUAUAAACCCCCUGCACUUAUAGUUGAAAGCUUACAAGCCAAACACAAAAUCGUGCCUGAAACUUCCUCUGCGAUAAAGUAUUACGUCACGAUGCAAAUCUAUUUAUUUGAUAAAGCCAAUAUUGGAACACAGCAAAACGUUUUAGCUUUUCCAAACAGUUACAGGCUCCGCCUACCAAAAAAUUCAUUUCUUUUGCACCCAACUGUUUCAAUAUUUUAUGGAAAGUUGUGUUUUAUGUUUCUCCUGUGUGAAUCAAGCUAUCAGGAUUUCAACUGAUCUAAGUGUUAGUUAAGGUAAGUUACCCUCGCUGAAGCCAUAGAUUGUCAUUCAUAAAAACAGCAGAGAUGAAUAACAAAAAGCGUCUUCCCUCACUGCACGUUCCCAACCGUUUAUCGACCAUGCCAACGCGCCGAAUAGGUGUGCCGAAUAGAUGUUCCGUGUAGUCAAAACGAAAAAAAAAAACAUGAAUAGUGUGGAUAAUAUCUUACAGCAAUAAACGAAGACAACCCGGCAGAUUUUUGUGUGUGGCGCAGGACAAGCUGAUAUGAAAAAAACGACAAUAAGAUUGCUCCGCACCAUGAUCAGGUCACUCGUGACUUGUCUAGUGUUUUGGUUAUCUAAUGCCGUGCGCGAAGAAGUUCGAGUAGGUGUAUUAGUGCCAAUCACAGGAGGAGGAUUUCAAGUGGGAAAUGGCAUCAGACCAGCUAUAAAAUCCGCCUUUGAUGACAUUAACAGAGAUGAGAACUUACUUCCUGCUUUAAAUUUGACUUACACGAUCCACAACAGCGCAUGCGACUCGGUGAGCGCGGUAGGGAUAGCCGCUGACCUUAAGCAAUCGCCUGCAUCUGUAGAUGCAUACAUAGGUCCUGGCUGCUCAAUAGCGUGCCUCGCUGCCGCGCUUCUCGCACAAUAUUGGAAUAAGCCCAUUAUAUCAUACUCUUGUUCCUCGUCGGACCUUGAAGACAAGACCAAGUACUCAACGUUUGCAAGGACGCAGCCGUUUAGCCGCACGUAUUCACAAAGCACGCCGUCAAUCCUACUGCAAAUAAUGCGAAGAUACGAAUGGCAAAGGGCGGCCAUUCUUGCGAAAGACGACGGUUCUACUAGUAUCUGGGUACCAAUUGCAAACAAUGUAAUGAAAUAUUUCAAAGAGAACAACUUAACCGUCUCAUACUAUAAUGUCUAUAAGGUGGCCGACGAUCCAGAAACACAACAGACAGACACUGAGAGGCUACUCGGAGAAACGAAGAAAAACGCUCGUGUUAUAUUCAUUUUAGCCGUAAGGACUGAAGUCGCGCGCCUGUUGUUGGUUGCUAAGAAGCUAGGGAUGCUCGAAGGCGAUUUCGCGUUCGUCACCUUGGAUUUCUACAUCUCGGAAUCUCUAAGACUAUCCUUGGAGAGAUUCCCGUGGUAUCAGAGUUGGGACGAGAUGCUGGAAGUAUUUGAAGGUCUCAUAACAUUGUCCGUGAAAAAACCCGGAAAUCUAGAAAUACAGAAUAUUACAAAAUGGUUAAAUGAUGGACUUCGGGACAUGCCACAGUUUCAGAACCACUCUGCCACCCCUUCGGCAGCCCAGACUGCACCUUAUCUUUACGACGCUGUGUGGCUGUAUGCGCAUGCUUUAAACCGCACUCUCGAUGAAGGAGGGAACAUCUUCAAUGGAACAGCAGUGUUUAAAAACAUUAUCACCACAACACCGCUAUUCACAGGGAUGUCCGGACCAGUGAUGACUGACAGCAAAGGAAACCGCGUGCCGUUUUUCGUAUUUGAGAAUAUACAAAACAGCACAGCAAGAGUGCUACUGGAGCUAAAUUCAAGCGGAACUGUCGUCAGACAACCCAACGUAAUGGCGGUGUGGCCAGGGGGACUAACUAAAGUCCCUGAUGACGAGCCCGAGUGUGUUUUUAAUGCUGAAACUUGCACAGUGACUGAUAACGCGAUGGAAGGUUGGCUGAUAGCAGUUAUUGUCCUUGCUCCUCUUGUUGUCAUUUUAUUUUUCGUGGCGUUCUGUUUGUACAGGCGGAAAAUGUACGAGAAAGACCUGCUGAAUGACGCGUGGAUCAUAAACUUCAGUCAAAUCAUAUUCGGCGCAGUGGAUAACAGGUUUGCUAGCAAGGUCAUUAAAAGCCUUGGUCGUGUUUCACAGCAUUCCUUGCAGUCCGAAUGGGUAGAUGCAGGAAAACCGUUAUCUUCGAACGUUGGUCGAUACAAGGGAGAACUAGUCGCUAUAAAACGGUUACGAAAGGAUUCCAUUAGCCUCACACGUGACAUCUUAAUAGAUAUGAAACAGGUGCGCGACAUUGCUCACACAAACCUCAAUCCAUAUAUCGGAGUAUGUGUCACAUCUCCAAAUGUCUGUAUCAUUUCACAAUAUUGCUAUCGGGGCAGCAUAGAGGAAAUUUUAGCCAAUGAAAAUAUAAAACUUGACUGGUUCUUCCGAGCAUCGUUUUCGCAAGAUAUUGCCAUGGGAUUGGCAGCACUGCACGCCUCUCCUGUCCAAGUGCACGGCCAUCUUACGUCAUCCAAAUGUUUGAUUGACAGUCGGUGGGUGUGCAAAGUAGCUGACUAUGGGCUGCAUCUUUUAAAGUCCGGCCAAAGCUCACAAGAUGCUGGUGAACAUGCUAAAUACAAGAAACUAUUCUGGACAGCCCCAGAAUUCCUUGGGGAGGAUGUUAGUGUGCGUUGUUCUCAGCCGGGUGACGUGUACAGCUAUGGGAUCAUUCUUAGCGAGCUGCUCAAUAGAGAGGAGCCAUAUUCUUCACUCUGUAUGGAACCAAGGGAUAUCAUCGACCAAGUAAGAAAACGGCUUAUUCCAGCAUUCAGGCCUGACUUACCGAGUGAGAUUGGUGAUAACAAAGGCAUUAUUCACUUGAUGCAAAUGUGUUGGGACGACGACCCGUCGAUGAGACCAACAUUUUCGGAAAUAAAGUCAAAGUUUAAGUCUCUAAGUCGCGGAAAAAAUGCCAACAUUGUGGAUAACAUGAUACGGAUGAUGGAAAGUUACACAGACCAACUGGAACAUCUUGUAGAUGAGAGGACAAUGCAACUGGCGGAGGAGAAGGCUAAAACAGACGAGCUUCUUUACAAAAUGCUUCCAAAACCAAUCGCAGAGGAUCUUAAGCUGGGAAGAUCUGUGACGGCUGAAAGCUUCUCUUGCGUGACAAUUUACUUCAGUGAUAUCGUGGGCUUCACCUCCCUGGCUGCUCGGUGCACACCACUGCAGGUGGUGCAUUUCUUAAACGAUUUGUACACUUGUUUCGAUAACAUUAUUGACGCUCAUGAUGUUUACAAGGUUGAGACAAUUGGUGACGCAUACAUGGUUGUAUCAGGCUUGCCUGUCCGGAACGGCAAUAAGCACGCUGGUGAGAUAGCCACAAUGGCGCUAAACUUACUCAGUUCUACAAGAGACUUCACCAUCCAGCACCUACCAAACAGCAGACUUCAACUACGAAUAGGAAUUCAUACUGGGUCGUGUGUGGCUGGAGUUGUAGGACUCAAAAUGCCUCGAUACUGUUUGUUUGGUGACACUGUGAACUAUGCUUCAAGGAUGGAAUCUAGUGGUCUAGCGUUAAGAAUUCACUUAAGCCCAGAAUGCAAAGCGGCCUUGGAUCUUCUUGGGGGUUUUCAGAUGGAGGAAAGAGGACCGGUUGCAAUGAAGGGAAAAGGAACUAUCACCACAUACUUUUUAAACGGGAAGGAUGGAUUCACAAAACCUUUUCCUGAUUUAAAAGAAGCGGCCUCUUUAUCAGAACACGAAUUCAAGUAGCAUCCACGACUGCACACAUACAAGAUGUCUUUCUCUUUUGUUACCUUAGAGAGUUGACAGCUCUAUAAACGCGCCAUUGAAUGAUGACAAUAACAAAUAUCUUAAUAAAUUUUAUAUACCGGUAUAUACUUCUAAGCUACAUGUAAAUGUUUCCAAUCCUCGGAAGCAACGCGAUUCAACGGCUUGACAAGGUUUUUCCUUCGUCCGGACUUAUAUUGCAUCAGAAGCAAGCGUAUCACGCUCAUGCUUGCUUCUUGUCUUAUUUUUCAAAUAAGGAAUUAUGAAGCAUAACUGAUAGAAACUGCAUUUACCAAAUGAGAGUAAACUGGAAAGCUGCUUUUUCAAAGGCAGGUUUUAAUAGGCCUACAUUUUGCUAAACGUCUGGUCCGGGUUGUUCGAAAGGGGGAUAACGCUAUCCACUGGAUAAAUCACAAUCCAGUGGAUAGCGUGGUUUGUCUUGUUAACACUUAUUUACUGGAUAGCGAUUUAUUCGGUGGAUAGCGUUAUCCAGCCUUCGAAAAACUGGUGCUAGAUUUGAUUAUAUUAAUAUAGCCGUCAGUAAUCGAAGGUACUGCCUAUUUAUUUCUCGCGAUCACGAAAUAAUUUAUUUUAAACAUUACGUGUCUAACUUCAUCUCCCAUCACUAUCGUAUGACUUCAAAAUUUGCAUUUUUAAUGGCGACAAGAUGACACCGAUACGUCAUGUACAAGCGUUCACUUUCUUCUAAAAUGUUCUUCUAUAUGUUAAUUCUUUAAUCUGUUAAUAAUUUCUUGAAAUUUUCAGACGUAUAUAGUUCCUGUAAUGUCAGAAAUAAUUCAUUUGUAAAAUAAGAUCUUUUUUUAAAGAAGAGAAAGUAACGAAGUUUAGUUAAAUAAAGCAUACACAUAACAAAAAUAAGGCGAGACUCGUUUCUGUCUGUUGCAACAUCACGCAGAUGGAUUCAAAGCCAUGGCCAGUAUCAGUUCAAAGUAGGUUCAGGUACCGUCCACGCUACGCCGGAUGAAUUUAACAAUGCAUCAAUUACCGGUCAUCUUAAAUUUGUGUUUGAGGAAAACUCGGUCUGGGAAAUCACAUGAUUAUCGUCACGCCAUAAUUUUCGACUAAAAAGUUCCGUUUUCAAUAUGUUUUCCGUCCACAGGAAAGUCAAAACCCGCCGUUUUCAAAUUUCUCCGGUUUG